AUGGUGAUCACAGAUCUGGAUGAAGAUACCCUGUCCAAGUUAGAAAGAGAUUCCACUUGCCAUCGUUUCGCUACAGAAGCAAUCAGAGGUUUGCGUAAAAACCAUGUCGACAACCUCCGUGACUUGCUGACCAUUCUUGGUCCUCGAUCAACCUCAUGGCCACGCGACAUGGAAAGGAUCUCGGCGCUCCUUGUUGGGACUCCCAAGGCCAGUGAAGAAAAACAACACGCCGUCUAUCCGCAAGUACUACUUGAUAUUGGAGAGGUGGCUCAUGGACACUUGUUCCAUAGAUCCGCAACAAUGACGGGCCAUUUCAGUUGGUGUGCGGCGAAAUUGCUGACUAUGUCUAUUGCCCCUCAAACACAAGAACAACUACGUAUCAACUACAACGGAGCCCUUGAAAGUCGUUGGAGAGUCAUUAAACAGAGAUCCGUUCCAAGAGAACGAUACGUGCUCCACAACGGAUUCCCACUUGUGGACAUGAUAAUUAAUGUGACCCUCGAAACCGCAGACAGAUCCGUACUUUUAGGGGAACCAGCAGCGAAAGUAUUAGAUGACACGCACCACCAUUAUGAAUUCAUGGGCCCGGAGACCGUGAAUUAUGUCACGAUUGGCGGCAGCCAGGAAGAGACCGAUUCCCGUGAAAUAAGCGGAUAUGAGAUUUCGGCGUGGUUCGCGCAUUUUCCUCCCAGUUACAUCAAACCUCACAACCCGAUGAACGUGGACACCUAUACUACUGGAAAGGAACGUCUUCUUCUUUCUGCCAUGGAAGGCGAUUCUGAUAGGACUAGAAAAGUUCUACAUAAAGAACUGUGGAUGUCACUUUCAAACUGGCUGGACGGCACCGCAUUAUGCUCUGCGAAGAUGGAUGAACUCGGCCAGCACUGCAUUCACCUAGCAGCUGAGCACGGAGACAGUGACCUCCUCAUUGAUUUUGAGGAAUUCUUGACCGGACACAAAGUAUGUAAGGAUGGUCAAACUGCUCUCCACCGAGCUAUUUUGGCUGGAUUAUGGUCAUGGUGGUUGCUAGACGAGCUUGGUGACAAUCUGAAAGACGUCCAGGAUUUUCAGGGAAGAACGGCGCUGCAUCUCAGCGCUGGGCUCGGAUUGGGAAAAAUCUUUACCGAGCUGCUAACGGGAGGAGCAAAUCAUUUGCUAACGGACAAUAUUGGACGUACGGCACUUCAUUACGCGGCUUUGGAUUGGAACGAGGCCAUAGACACAGACAUAAUAUCCACCCUGCUAGAUUAUGGAGAGCUCAACGUCCCUGAUAAGGACGGUCGUACGCCUCUUCAUUAUGCCACCGAGAAUGAAUGCCCUGCUUACGUCAAAGUGCUUGUCCAGAACAAAAACCUAGCAAUAGUUGAUUCACGCGGAGAAACAGCACUUCAUGUAGCAGUCACUGGAGGCUACAUAGACGCUGUAAAAGAAAUGCUUGGACAAGACUUGGAGUGUCUGGAGCUUCCGCAGAUUGUGAUGGAUACAAUAUUGUCCUUAGCAGCCUCAAUCAACUACUUGGAGGUCGUGCAGGCUCUCGUGAAUCAUGGGACCGGGAUUUGGUACUGCCAUUGGAGAGGAAAUAAGACUGCUGUAGAGUGGCAGUAG